AUGGACAAACUCGCGUCUUUUGUGCUUGCGAGCCUGCUUCUAGGAGCCCAAUCUGCUCUUGCCAUCCCUACCGAGGCCACUACCAAAGCGUGUAAAGAUAUCAAUAACGCUCUUCCUGGCAAAGUCUUGACCCCUGGGCUUCUCAAGCUUGAAUAUGAGCAUGAGACGCAGCAGUACUGGGCUACAAAUCUCCGCGAAGUCGACCCUGCAUGUAUUGUUCAGCCAGAGUCUGCUCAGGAUGUAUCCAUCGCUAUCAAAAUCCUGAACAAGUACCCUACUGUUAAGCUUGCAACUCGAAGUGGAGGGCACGACCCAAACACGAACCAUGCUGCUGUUCAAGACGGCGUUCUCAUCACUAUGACCAGUCUAGUUGGAGCGACGUACGAUGCAGCAGAGGAUGUUGCCUAUGUUCGCCCUGGUGGUGAGUGGAACGAUGUUAUUGGUGAUCUAGAGAAGAGUGGAGUGGCUAUUGCUGGAGGAAGGCUUGGUCUCGUCGGUGUCGGCGGGUUGCUUUUGGGUGGAGGUUUAUCGUUCCUUGGUGCUCAAGAAGGCCUCGCUGCUGAUAACAUCGUCGAAUGGGAGACUGUCAUGGCCAACGGAUCCAUUGUUAACGUCAACGCUGCGAAACAUCCUGAUCUUGCGCAAGCCAUGCGUGGUUCCGGAAGCCAAUUUGGUAUUGUCACCCAGUUCAAGGCCAAGGUCCAUCACAUGGGCGACGUAUGGGGCGGUUCUUGCAUAUAUGACGAGUCAAAAUCCGAAGCACUUUACGUUGCUUUGCACAACUUCAUAGCCCACGGUGCCGAAGAUCCCAAGGCCGCCAUUAUCUUUUCGGACCUUGUGCUCGCAGCCGGGCUCAAGACGAAACUUGUCUUCUACUUUUACGACAGCCCCACGCCGCCUACGUCGGGCCCUUUUGCCGACUUCUUCAAGAUCCUCAACCCGCUAUGUCUGCCCAAGAAACAAAAGUACUCUGAGCUGCUGAGGGCGAACGGCGAACCCGUCCGACUUUUGAACUCCCGUUCAUUCUUCCGAACUUACACCGUUCCAUAUAUCCCAUCCCGUCCCCAGAUGUACAGGGAGAUUCGUGAUAAGCUCGCUGAGCUCACUGGUGUCUUCCUCAACACACUCCCCGUCGUUCGCGCCGUCCAGUUCAGCGUUGACUUCCAGCCACUUCCGUCUCGCUUUGGCAAGAUUUCCGAAUCCAAGGGCGGAAAUGCCAUGGGUCUUUCGUCUUCCGACCCUAACCGCAUUAUCCUUAUUUACCAAGGCGCCUGGAACUUGCCCACGGACGAUCCUCUUGCUUUCGGUAUCGCCAGAGAGCUGACGGCUUGGUUGGACAAGGUUGUGCCUCAAUGGAUAGCAGAGGCGGGAAUGCCAAGCGACAUGUACAUGCCGUUAUUCCUCAACGAUGCUAUGUGGGAUCAGCCAGUCAUGCAGAGUUACAAGGACUAUGAGAAGUUCAAGACAUUGCAGAAGAGUGUAGACCCGAACGGAUUAUGGAUAUUUGGAGUUGCUAGUUACUACACCACAAGCAUGGCUCAAGCACCUCAUGUCACCGGCUAUGAACACGAAGACGCCUGGGAUGUGGAUUGGCUGCGCGUCGACGAUAUCCACGAACUACACUAUCAACAGUUCGGCAAGAAGGAUGGAAAGCCUGUCAUUUUCCUCCAUGGGGGGCCAGGUGGCAACUGUUCCAAAUCCAACACCGUCUUCUUCAACCCCUCUGAAUAUCGAGUGAUUUUGCUCGACCAGCGAGGCUGUGGUCAAUCGCGCCCUAACGCCAAUACCACAAACAACACUACCUGGCACCUCGUCGCCGACGUUGAAGUCCUGCGUAAACAUCUCAGCAUCUCCAAAUGGCACACAGUCUUCGGUGGCUCUUGGGGCUCCACUCUCGCUCUGGCCUAUGCACAAACACACCCCGAGAGUGUAGGUAGUUUAGUUUUGCGCGGCAUAUUCACUGUGCGCGAUAUCGAGCUCUACUGGACGAAUCACCCGGGCGGCGUUCAAAUGCUGUUCCCUGACUGUUGGGACGAAUUCAUCAACUUCCUUCCAGAGGAGGAACGCUCGGAUCAUAUUGGCAAUUACCAUAAACGCCUUAUGUCUUCUGACCCUUCGAUAAGUCACCCGGCAGCCACUGCAUGGAACAAAUGGGAGCUUUCAAUCAGCACUCUAUACCCGGACCCCAGUGCAUUCAAGAAACUUCAAGACCCAGCUUAUCUGCUAGCGCACGCAAGGCUCGAGAUCCAUUACUUCACCAACAAAGCGUGGCUAGAAGACGGGCAAUUACUGAAGAAGGAGAAUGUUGAUCGUAUCAGGAACAUUCCGACAACAAUCGUGCAGGGGAGAUACGAUGUCGUCUGCCCGCCGAUCACGGCGUGGAACUUGCACAAGGAGUGGCCGGAGAGUAAGCUGCAUUUUGUAGACGAUGCCGGACAUAGUGCUAUGGAGCCUGGGACCAGGAAGAAGCUAACCGAAGUGUGCGACGAACCGCUUGCCAACCUUGGAAAGAAGCAGAAGACGGCUGCGGGCCCGCGGAAUCGUUGCAAACAGCACCAGCAGUCUUCAGUCGAGUUACCGAGCGCCCUCAAUGUGAGUGACGUAAUAUGGACUAUGGCCACCACCCCACUCUCGACUACGGCGCCACCACCCGAAGUUAUCGAUAAACAUGAACGGGCACGCGCAUACGAGAUCGCCGCAUAUCUCUCUGCCGCAUCGUUUCCGUUCCAAAUCCCAGAAGGGCCGCCCUCCGAUCCAGUCCCUAGCAGCGACAUAACCCUCAAUGCUCUCGUCCAGCAUGGCGUGCACAAGAUGGAUUGCGACCGCGCAUUCAUCUCCCUCAUUGAUAACCAAACCCAAUUCAUAUGCGCAGAGAUGACGAGACACCAGUCUCUUUCCAGCGCAGACCCGACCGAUCCGCUGUUGCUGGGUACUUCUCGAAUCCCCCUCGAUUGGGGAGUAUGUCCUCACACCAUGUCCAUCUUCCAUGGACGAGCGGUAUCUUUGCCGGAUAGUCCGUAUAUUGUUGCCGACAGGUCUUACUUUUAUAUAAAAGACUUUCGCCGGAUUCCCACUUUCGCAGACCGUCCGUUUGUGGCUGGGCAUCCAUACAUGGUGUCUUACCUUGAGAUACCACUAUUUGCAAUGUCUGGACAUAUACUGGGAAGCUAUUGCGUGGUGGACAACAAGGAAAGAGAUUUCCUCCAUCCAAAGUCGUUGAGUACUAUGCGGGAAGUCACUUCGGCCAUCAGUGCAUACUUAAACAUGAGACGCGUCGAAGCCUGUAAAUCGCGAGCAGCAAACAUGAUGCAAGGUCUUCGCCGAUUCGUAGCUCCAGACGAGCGCGAUGCACGCAAUGUGGUUCCAAAAUCUGUUGCUCCUGAACGUCCCGAGCCUCAUACAGAUCCAUUCGAUCUUGAUGUCUUUAGUGCUACUACCCAAAGAGAAUCCAGUCCGCUAUCAUCUGGCAGUGCAACGACACGCGUCGCUGGUUCAAUGUACGAGCCGGCUUCCAUCGUUAUUUCUCCGCAAGACACUGAUUCGAGGAUGGUCAAACCUGACUUGUCCAUUCAAGUCGAAGAUCUCUUUGUAAGAGCUGCAAAUGACAUUGGCCAUGCCAUGGAUUUGGAUGGCCUUGUCUUCUUUGACACUGUUUCAGCCGGUAAACAUAGAGGUGGUCAGUCGAAAGAUACAGAGACAUCAUCGUCUCCAAACGACUCCUUUGCGACACCGCUCUCCUGCUAUCAGAGAAGCACCGCAGUCGGCCAGCAAUCAAGUUUGGGGCUGUCUCAGUCCCUCAUCCAACGCCUAACUACAAGGUACACUCGAGGGCAUGUCUUCGCUGUAGACGAACACGGCGUUAUCCAACAUGGAGAUGGCAGCGAGCCAGACUACAGUUCCAAUUCCGUUGAGGAUAACGAAUGGACUGAUCUCUUCGAGUCUUUGCCAAAGACGCGAUAUGCAAUUUUCCUGCCGAUGUGGCAUUACCAAAGAGAAGCCUGCUAUGCUACAUGUCUAGCAUGGGUAUCUGACACUGGAAAAACCCUCGAUACUGGUGACGUCAAUUCUUUAACAGCUUUCGGAAACUCGCUCAUGGCCGAAGUCUUCCGAUUAGAAGCUUCGGCAAAUACUCUAUCCAAGUCGGACUUUGUUUCGACUAUCAGCCACGAGCUACGUAGUCCAUUGCAUGGCAUAUUGGCGAGUAUUGAGCUGAUCCAAGAAAACAUGCAGGGAUCAAGCUUAAUGCCGGAGAUCACUAUGAUCGAAUCAUGUGCCUUCACUCUUCUUGAUACCUUCGAUCAUCUCUUAGGAUAUUCUAAAGUUAAUAGUCGUGUCGGCGUCGGGAAAGGUGGAAACCAUUCCAUUCGUUCUGGUCACCAUGUUCAUAAUGGUGCAGUGGCCGUCGACUUGGAGCGUUUGGUUGAGGAUGUCAUCGAGACGGUCUCAGUGGGCCAUGACCAUGCUUCGCGACUCGUAUCCGGACUCAACAAGGAGCGCCAGGAUACUUUAGCCGAACCGCGAGAAACGACUCCAGCUGAACCUGUCAUCCUCACUACACACUUCGAUAGACACUGCGAUUGGACAGUAGUUGUCGAGAAGGGCGCCUGGAAACGAAUUCUGCUCAACGUCGUUAGCAACGCGUUAAAGUAUACCAGGUCCGGUUACAUCCAUGUAGACUUGGAAUUUGUGGAGGCCGCAGAUGGAGUGCAAGCUGCAGACGGCAGACAGGCUCACAUCUGUCUGUCCGUGACAGACACCGGAGUGGGUAUGAGUGACGACUUUCUCAAAUAUCAUCUCUUCACGCCCUUCACGCAAGAGAAUAUAUUUAGCCCAGGAACUGGUCUAGGAUUGAGCCUAGUGAAAAGUAUUGUAGAGUCACUACAGGGCAACAUCUCCGUCUCCAGUCGUUUAGGAGAAGGCACGAAGAUUACCAUCAACAUCCCAACCAGCCAAAAGAUACAGAAGCCGAGCGUACCAAGCACGCAGGAAAGCCUUCUGCGUGGAAAGACGGUCGGUCUGCUCAGUCUGUCCUCGCAUCGGGAUUCAGGCAAAAAAUCUUCCCCAUGCAUCGUUUCGCCACCCAAAGCACUUGAGCGUUCUGUUCGCAAUAUUUGUGAGGGCCGCUUUGGCAUGAGCGUCAUCAAUGUUUCGACAAGCGCACUUCCAACCAUGGAUAUAGUCCUCAUUGACACGCAUGCGCUGGACACGACGCAUGCUUACGAUUUGAAAACUCUGUUUCCUGUGUAUGCGGCAAACGUCUGUCCAGUCGUGAUCGAACUGGGCAAUACCAAGGCUACACUUCACAAGAUCGGCACCUGGAGUUCCAUGCACACAAUGUUAAUUACAGGGAAGUCGCUCGGAUCUGCCAUAAUAUCAGCUCUGAAUGACGUGAACGCCAAUGGAACGGAAGCCCCAUUGCCACCUGCGGAAGUCGAACGCGAAGCCGAGACAGACCCAUCGGAGCAACUAGGUCAACACGAGACUUUUCAAAAAGCAGAUACGUGCAUGGAGACUGUGGCAUUUCCGCAUCGUAACCUACCAUCGCAGAACAAGUCACUAUCCGACGCUGUGACACUUCCUGCCCCUCAGCCGCAAUUAUCAGCACAGCCAACUGUCCUUCUUAAGCCCAACCCUGCUUGUAGGUUUCACCGGCUACUCCUUGUGGAUGAUAACCCGAUAAACCUCAAAAUGUUAUGCGCCUUUGCUAAACGCCUUCAUGUCCCCUACUCCAGCGCUACUGACGGCGCAGAAGCAGUACGUCUUUAUCAAACUGCUAUUGAACAACAAGGGCCACAAAUCGCGUAUGAUUGCAUCUUCAUGGACAUCAGCAUGCCAGUCAUGGACGGCUUUCAAGCUGUAUCCAAGAUUCGAAAACUCGAAGAUGAUUUGAUGGAAAAAAUCAUCCAGUCACAUUCUAACGACGCGUCUAAGCAAACUCUAGACGGCGCCACUUGGGAUAACAGAGGUGCGCCACGAGCAUACAUCUUCGCGCUCACAGGUCUUGGUAGUGAGAAGGCGCGCAGACAAGCGAGGAGUAGCGGAUUUGAUGAGUUCCUACUUAAGCCGGUGAGAUUCAAGGACGUUUUACCGUUGUUAGCAUCGGUGCCGACACCAUGA